AUGGCUCCACGGUACGCUCGUGCAAUCAGUUUAUCUGCUGUGGACUUGCAUGCUGCGACAGAUUACGGAGCUUUUGUGCUGGCAUGGAGGAUUCUCACAAUCCCUAUUCUUUCCUUUGCAGAUAUUUGUGAGGCUUUAAAUGUGACAGUCUCUCCAGGACCAACAGUGCGAUACGUUGAGGGAGAUAAUGCUACCCUUUACUGUCACAUUUCUCAGAAAAGAAAGACAGACAAUUUGCUGGCUGUGCGGUGGGUCUUCGCUGUAUCACCUACCCAGGAGUACCUGAUGAUCAAAAUGACUAAGUUUGGGUCUGUCCAGUAUUAUGGAAAUUACACUCACCAUUUUCACAAGCAAAGACUUCAUCUUCUUAAAGAAAAACAUGGAACUAUGUACAAAUUUCUUAUUCUAAGCCUUCAGCAAACAGAUCAAGGACAUUACAUAUGCAAAGUCCAAGAAAUUGGCAAGCACAGGAAUAAGUGGACAGCAUGGUCAAAUGGCACAGCAGCUACCGAAAUAAAAGUGAUUUCACCAAAAGCUUCAGAUGAUCCCAGUUUCAAGAAAAACCAUGAAGCUUGGAAGUUUUUUGAAGAUCUGUAUGUGUAUGCAGUGUUUGUGUGUUCAAUAGGAAUCAUCAGCGUCCUCCUUUUUACGCUUGUCAUUCUCUGUCAAUCACUUCUAAACAAGAGGAGAUCCACAGUGAAGCAUUACCUGGUGAAAUGCCCCCAGAACAGUUCAGGGGAGACAGUUACCAGCGUGACAAGCAUGUCUCCUUUACAGCCCAAGAAAAUAAAGAAAAAGAAAGAGAAAGAGAAAGUGGAGCAGCCACCAGCCAUCCCAGCAAAAGCUCCAAUAGCCAAUAAUUUUCCUAAGCCCAAGCUGUUGAAACCUCAAAGAAAAUUGGUCCUGCCGAAAAUCACAGAGGAGAACUUAACGUAUGCUGAACUUGAACUUAUGAAGCCAAUGCAGGAAGCCAAAGGCAUUCCCAGUACAACAGUCUAUGCACAGAUACUCUUUGAGGAGAACAAGCUGUAACAGAUCUCAUGCCUGUAUAAAUGUCCUUUGUCUGUGUUCUAUUUAAUUCUUGCUGUGCUGUUUAUUUAUAAAAAAUCAUACAAAUAUCCUCAUUUGUUUACUUCCAUUCAUGCGCUUCUAUAUUUUUAUGAGACUUUUAAACAAAAUGCCAUUGAAAGUAAUCAUAGAAAAAGCAGCUGGUCUAGAAGUGACAUCCCAGAGAUAUCCUCUGUAGCGUCUGGCCUCCCCUUUUUAAGGGACUAAAGUUCCACCUGGCCAGGAAAUUCAUCAAAUUACUAUUGUUUUCCCUAUCAGAAAAUAUUAAUUCAGUAAAGCUGAGACUCUUUCACAGCAAAGGAGAAAAUUUAAUUACUUUUUCUGCAUUUUUCCCCUAGAAAUAGUUAUCAAAGUUUGGUUUUCAUAUUUUCAUUCCAAAUUUCUCUUUCCAGAUGACAUUAUAUUUAAAAACUUAAGUUACUUUUAGUAAAACUGCUUUUAAGUGCUUGAAAUCAAACAUUUUAAAAUAAUCCAAAUGAAACAUUCCAAGUUAAACCAAAUGGAUUGCAGGAAGAAUAGGGAAAUAGAUAUCAAAUAUCUAGGGAUAUAGAUAUAGCUUAGCAACAUUUUCCAGCAUUUGUUUUUUUUUUUUUUUUUAAAACUCUGAUUUGGAAUAGGAAAAAACUGACAGUGAAUAAAAAACUUCCACAGAACAAGGACACUACUCCUGGCCUUGCUCGAGAUUGGAGCUUCCAAACCUGCAAAAGCUUCCUCCUGUGUCCUACAUGACUGAGCCCCUGAUUUAGAAGAACAAUUACAGAGCUUCCCCUUUAGCUUCAGAGCAGACUCCAUAAUGUCCUGCUUUCUUGCUUUGGAGUUAUUUCUUUGGAAAGACCAGGGCUUGGGAGACAGGGAACUGAGCCUACUGUGAAAGCAGAAAAUAUUCCUUCCUCUUUCUUCCCCUCAGUCUUUGAGAGGGGAUUCUUCCUUUUCUUGUGACAUGUUUGAGGAAAUGGGCUUUUCUCUGGUGUCCUGCAUAUGCCCCUUGGGAAGGACAGCUGGACUGGUGCUUCCAAGCUCCUGAACUUCCAAUGCCCAGGUCCCAUUAAGGAACAGGGAGACUUAGGCACUUGACUCCUUUCAGCCCUUGGAAAGCUUUAGGCCUUGAGUGACUACGCAGCUGAUGGGACAUAAAAGCAUGGGCUCUUUAGUUCACCAUCAAACCCUGAUGUUGGGCAAGUGCUAAAUCCUCUCCAGGUCAGUUUGGGGUUGGAUGGAGCCCCUGGACAAUUCAACCUAUUUAAAAGUCAGGCCAGUUACUGGGCAGGAGUUAAUGUGGAUUUUGGAGUAGCAUGUGUUGGCCUGUGGCUUUGAAAGUCCUAACCAAGGUGAUCCAAGUUGCUUCCUCCUUUGCUAGUUGGGCACUUUUAGGGAUACAGCAAAAGGGCAGCAGGGCUCAGUGCACAGCUGGGAACUGUCACAGGAAUUGUGUCCUUAUCCCCAGUACUGAAUGACAGUAGAGGAGAGGAGGGCUGUAGCGACAGGGCAGGGGCAGGCCUCCCACAAAGGGAGAGAGCACACCACUGUCCUUCUGAGGGUUUCACUGGAAUAUGUUAGUUUGUAUAAACUGAUCUUUUACUUUUUCUUGAAUGGGGGUAGAGAUUACCUAGCAUACGUAAACUGUUAUCUUCUAACCAUGAUGUAUAAAUGUAAAAUGCAGCUGCCUAUUUCCAUGCUUGUAUAAAGUUCCAUUGUUGUAUAAAAAAGAAUUU